GAAGUAAUGGAAAAGCAGCAGUAGAAAACAGGUACCAAAAAAAAUAAAAAAAGCUUACUCAAAGCAGUUAUCAUCUCAAAGCUUUAAGCUUUUCUUUUUCUCUCCUGUUGAACGCAGCAAUGUCUAACUCCAACGCAGACGAGCCACCGGAAAACUACAGCACCCAUCCUCCGCCACCGCCGUCGCUUUCUUCACUGCCUGACGAAAUCGUUCUGAGAUGCUUGGCCCUUGUCCCAAGAAGCUACGACCUAAGCCUCUCGUGGGUCUCAAAACACCUAAGAGCCCUUGUCCGCUCGCCUGAGCUCAAUAAGCUACGAUCCAACCUCCACAAGAAGUCUCUCUACGUAUGUUUGGGAGAAAAAGGAAGCGACUCAACCGUCAAGUGGCUAACUCUCCGUCCGGUUGAGAAAACGUAUCGGUUAGUUCCGAAUCCAACUCCUUUCACUCCUCCUCACCCUUUAAAGAAGGGUUCUUUGACCGUCGCUGUGGGGUCGAAGAUCUUCUUCCUCGGCGGCGGAUCUAGAGAACCUUCCUCGGAUCUAUGGAUCCUUGACACCCGUUCUGGGAACAUGACUCAGGGACCAAGCAUGAGCGUGCCUCGAGCAGGCCGCUGUGCAGCUGCGGGAGUGAUCGACGGGAAGAUAUACGUCAUGGGAGGCGGAGAGUUUCAGGGAGAGGUCAAAGUCGAAGUUUUUGAUCCAAAGUCGGAGACUUGGGAGCUUGCUGGGGCUGAGAACGUGCGUAACGUGGAGGGGAAGGUGUACAUGGUGGAGUACGAGAAGACAAGCGUGUACAACCCGAGAGGAUCCGAAGGAGAGCAGUUGGUUCAGAUUGUGAGCGAGAGGCUCGAGAGAGGUGGGAGAAAGGAGAAGCUAAAGGAUGGAGUGGAUCGCGUGUGUGUUGUGGAGGAUGUUCUCUUCGCCUUCUUUCAGCGGAGUGGGUUGUUGUGGUUCGAUACGAAGCUUAACGUGUGGAGAAGAUUGGUGGUUCGUGGCGACGGGAAGGAGAUGUUUAUCUUUCAUGCGGAUGCGGUCGUGGAAUACGAUGGUAAGCUAGCGGUUCUGUACAUGUGGGGUGAAAGUGAAGUUGAUGGUGUUGUCACCAAGAGUGUUCGGUGUAAGUUGGUCUCGGUGCAUAGAGGUGGAGAUAGGAUGUGUGGGACGAUUGAUUGGUCUGGUGUUGUGGGUACUGUCCCUGAUUCCUUUGAUUUUCUGCAUUGUUUAGCUGUUUCCGACUGAUUGAGAGCAAGUUGGUUGCUAGCUAGAAAGGAUUUAUAUUAAGGAAUCAUAUUUUAGGAAAUUAACAUGUUCUUAAGUUUUGUGUAAUGAAAGCGUAUGUUUUGUAAAACUGGUUAAGUGAAGAUGAUGAAAGGUGGUUUCUUGUUUGUUCA